AUGGGUCGAAACAAGAAGAGGUCCAAGGUGGUGGCGCAUGCUCAGUCGUGCAGCGACGAGGAGCGUGAAGAAGAGCACGAUGCAGCCUCCACGACGGCCGCGACCGCGUAUGCCGAAGGCAGCAAGGAUGACGCUGGUGCACCGGCUGCUGCUGGCGUUGCUACGCCCACGUCCGUCCAGCACAGCGGCCACGGCUCAGAGCGUGGAAGCGACUGCGCCGAUAGUGCCCCCAAAGCGAAAAAGAAGGAGUACAGGGGCAACCGCCUCAACAAGUUGGACAACCAGCGCAGUAAAGACAAAGGCAAGAAUGCGAGCGUGGGCGACAAGGCGGAGGGCGCGGCGGCGGGAGAGAGGAACGGGGGCGAUGACGAACCACUCAUCGUGACACGGCAGAGGGCGGUGGAGGUGCUCUACUGCCCCAUCUGCACCUUUCCAGCAGAGAUGUGCGAGUUCAGUGGAAUGGUGGAGAAGUGCCGGCCGUGGCUGCUCGAGCACGCAGCGGACCUGGCUGACGCUGAGGAGCGCGGCCGCAGGCGCCGCAUUCUAACGGAAAAGGACCGCCUGGAGGCACUGCUGGAGGGACGCGGCAUCAAGAAGGCGCUGGAUCGCAUUGUCGUACUGGAGGUGGAGAAACGCACUGGGCGACGCAUGACCACCUCUGUCUUUGGGAUGGACCUCUUCGGCUUCAACCUGAAGGAUGUGUCGAAGGACUGGCGCAAGCGCUUCUCCUGCGGUGCCGGCGUGCGAGCUGCAGAGGAGGGUAAGCAUCAGGAUUGCAUUGACAUCCAGGGAAACGUGGUGGAUCAGCUGGCCGAGAUGCUUAUCACCAAGUACAAGAUUCCGAAGGAGUCUGUGUACAUGAUGGAGGGUAAAAAGAGAGUUCCCUACCCAUACUAG